UGUUUCAACAGGCCGCUUAGUUAAAGUUCGCCAAGAUACAGUGUUUUGUAUGUCGUCAUGUCGUCUUUACAGUUGUCCAGAAGAUGAUCGGCUGAUGCGGGGAUAUCAUAGGAGCAAUAUAGAGUGUUAUUUGUGGUGAUUUACCUCUGCGAUUUCAGCGAAAUGCGGGAAUAUAAAGUUGUAGUGCUUGGAAGCGGCGGAGUUGGAAAAAGCGCCCUCACUGUACAGUUUGUCUCAGGAACUUUUGUGGAAAAAUACGACCCUACAAUCGAAGAUUUUUACCGAAAGGAAAUUGAAGUGGACCAAAAUCCAGCGAUUUUGGAAAUUUUAGAUACAGCUGGGACGGAGCAAUUCGCGUCUAUGCGCGAUCUGUACAUUAAAAACGGUCAGGGUUUCGUGUUGGUGUACAGUGUAACCGGCCAGCACACAUUCCGCGACGCUAAGCCGCUGAGAGAACAAAUACAACGAGUCAAGGGCGUUGAAAAAGUUCCCAUCAUACUGGUGGGGAAUAAAUGUGACUUGGAGAAGGAGAGAGAAGUCUCGUCGUACGACGGAUUGACACUGUCACAGCAAUGGAAUUGUCCGUUCUUUGAGGCGUCGGCUAAAAACACACAGAAUGUCAAUGAACUAUUUGCGGAAGUGGUGCGGGAGAUCGCUUCGAUUUCAUCAGGGCCGGCGAAAAAGAAAGGAUGUUGCACUGUUUUAUAA